GUAUAAUGAUUACGUGAAUUUCUUUAUAUUACCAGGCAAUGGGACGAUUGACUUUCCUGAAUUUCUCCAGAUGAUGUCAAAAAGGAACGAAGGUGGAGACUCCGAAGAAGAACUUCGAGAAGCAUUCCGUGUAUUUGACAAGGAUGGCAACGGAUUCAUAAGCGCCGCUGAACUUCGUCAUGUCAUGACAAACCUUGGAGAAAAAUUAACUGACGAGGAAGUUGAUGAAAUGAUUCGAGAAGCCGAUACAGAUGGCGAUGGACAAGUUAAUUAUGAAGAAUUUGUGAAGAUGAUGACAACAAAGUGAAGAUCUUCAUUAUCAUGUUUCCUCAAAUUUUCCUAAUUAUUCAUGGAACGGAAUUUCAUUCUACUCAUCUUCCAAGCGAUCCACAUGUCGGGGAUCUUGCUGUUACUAGGUGACGAUCAAAUUAUGCAAAUGAUAUGUAAAUACUAGCUUAUUAUGUAACUAAUUAUGUGCAUAAUUAAUGCCUGUAAUCCUGAUUCGGGCUUGCACAUUUCGAAUUCAUCUAAAUAACCUUUCUUACCUUAAUUAAAACAUGCUUAUAUACUUUAUUCAGUGGCUUCAAUACAUUAUUUAUACACUUUACGUCGAGUCUGUACAAUAAUUAAAAUUUAAAAUUUUUGUCGAAUAAUUCUUUCCACUGACUGUGUUUUGUUGCAACAACAAAUGCACCAUCUGAAGGAUGGUUUAAAGUUUUUUUAGAAUAAUUAAAUGCUUUUUAUACUUAAUUGUGUAUUUUAAUUAUGUAUGAUUCGGUGACAAUGUACUGGGUUACGUAAUCCAACAGGCGUAUACGAUCAUUACAGUUAAUGAAUAAAAUCACUCUCAACUUUCAAAAGUGCUAAA